AGAAGCACUCAUAGCAUACCAUUGCCUCCCGGAUGGGAAGUGGCCAACGAUUGCGAGACCGGAAAGACCUAUUAUGUGGACCACAACACCAAAAGGACUCAAUGGUUUGAUCCCAGGGACAGACUCACCAAACCCUCCACUUUCGCCGACUGUGUGGCCGAUGAGUUGCCCUUUGGCUGGGAGUAUGUCUUUCAUCCACAGAUCGGCAUUUAUUAUACGGAUCACUUGCGGCGAGCGAAUCAGUUGGAAGAUCCACGACUAGAGUGGCGAUCAGUGCAGAUGAAUAUGGUUAACAAUUAUCUACAACAGGCCAAUG